AUGGAACAAGACGUGCGUGCGCUUCAAGCCGUCAAAAUGGCCGUUCGUUCGCCCUCGAGUAAUGCGCCACCGACUACUCGAAUGGCGUCUGCCAUUUUCGUACCACGUGUGUCGGAUAUGUACCCUUCAGGAAUCACGCAAGACGUCGAGGCGCAAAAGGGAACGUUUGUGUACGUCAAGGGUUACGAGCACGAGAUGGAGGGCCGAUCUAGGCCUGGGUUCUUCCGAGGGGUGGCGACGGUCGUGUUGAAAUUGUUCAAUGCUGUCGAGCCGACGGAUGCAUAUUUUGGUCAAAAGGACAUUCAACAGGCGCUCCUACUCAAACGGCUCUGUCGUGAUUUAUUGCUAUCGCAUCCGUCGCCUGAACGGUUACAUAUUGUGCCGACGACGCGGGAUGAAAAGUCGCGAUUAGCUUUAUCGAGUCGGAAUGCGUAUUUGAGCGAGGUGGAGAGGACAAAGUGGGCACCGGUACUGAUCAAUGCGCUCACAAGAGGACGACGGGUAUGGAAUGGUGGGCACGAGGGCAAGCAGAAGCAGCAGCAAGCGCAGGAGCAGAGGAGUGUGGGCGUGCGAGCGCUCGAGGCCAAGGAGAGCGUAGAAGCAGUGCUUCAGGGAGCGGUGAAUUCGGCUCGCAGCGAGGGAGGGGUUGGGAUGCGGAUGGACUAUGUGAGUGUGAAUUGGGCGGAUACGUUUGAGGUUGUUGGGCCGGAUGAACGGGUGGAGGAUAUCGAUGUCGAGAGGCGGGGGGUGAUUCUGAGCGGAGCGCUGUGGGUGGGCAAGACGCGACUGAUAGACAAUGUGAUAGUUGCGGGAGAAAGCUGGGUACUGGGAUAG